CCCGUUGAGAGAGAGAAUCCUCGUGGCCGAAGAGAAGAUCGCAGUCGAGGAACAGAGAGAUAGCGGGCACAGCGAGAGAUACAGAGAGGUCGGAGAUUGCGCAGAAAAGAUCGCAACGAGGCUGAGAAACCGAAGCACAACGACAAAGGCGAAGAUUUCUGGUUCUCCAAUUUACUCAUGAGGACUAGAAACCCAGGCAUCUAUCUCUCACGUAUAUUGUGAAGUUAAUUGAGUGGCAGACUUCUUUGCUCGGAAAGCUUUUGACCAAUGGCAUCGCCUUCAGUGCUUCAGGGACUCAACUGGGAUUCGUACUCUCCUUGACCGAGACUAUGUUUGCUCCAGCAGCUAGUUAGCUGCUCCUUUCUUUACCCCCCCCCCCCAAAACAAAAAAAGUCUUCCCAAAAGGCCAAAAAAAAGAAAAGAAAUCUACAUUACAGUAGGAACGAUGAAGCUUGUAGGUCAAUGAAGUCACAUUCCAUAUUAAUAGAUCCUACCCAAUUAGCGAAUGAGAAAUUGUCACUUUAUGUGGAAUGUGUACUUCGCUGUUAAGCUGGCUCGAGCAACUGCACCGCAUUGAUGCUGCGUUCGAUCAAGCUUGGGUGUCAUGUCUUCCCCAGAAAUUGUCACUUUCUUUAUCUUUCUACUUCAAUUUUACAACCCGAAGCCAAAAAUAUUUAUGAGCAAAUACAUUCUCUUUCCAUACAGGGUAGCCUUCAUGAAGCGCUCUCACAUUUUUACACCUAUAACAUACCCAUUGGCUCGUCUUUAUCUCGUCAAACCUAUGCCACUUUGUUCCAUGCUUGUGCUCGCCAUAAGUACCUCCAUGGAGGCACGGCUCUGCACCAUUACUUACUUGAGAAAGACCCCUCUAUCAAAUCUGACCUUUUUGUGACUAAUCAUAUUAUAAAUAUGUACUGCAAGUGUGGCCAGAUGGCUGAUGCCCACUACCUGUUUGAUCAAAUGCCCCAUAGAAAUGCUGUCUCUUGGACUGCCCUUAUUUCGGGAUACGCUCAAUCUGGCCGUGUGAGAGAAUGUUUCACUCUCUUCACCUGCUUGAUGGAGCACUGCCGCCCUAAUGAAUUUGCUUUUGCAAGUUUGCUUAGUGCUUGUGAGGAGCUUGACGUCAACUGUGGCAGGCAGGUACAUGCAGUUGCAUUGAAAAUUUGUUUGGAUGCCAAUGUAUUUGUUGCGAAUUCUCUUAUUACCAUGUAUUGCAAGUGUUCUGGAUACAGUGGAGCUUUUGAUGAUAGAACAGAUGAGGGCUGGGCCAUUUUUAAAUCAAUGGAGUUCCGAAAUCUUAUUUCUUGGAAUUCAAUGAUUGCAGGAUUUCAAUCUCGUGGACUUGGGGACCGGGCCAUUCGCUUGUUUACACAAAUGUAUCGACAUGGUAUUGGGUUUGAUCGUGCCACUCUACUUAGUGUGCUCUCUUCCCUGUCUGAAUGCAGUAAUACUGAUGAUACUGACAGACAUCUCUGGAGCUGUUUCCAAUUACAUUGUCUCGCUAUAAAAAGUGGGCUUAUUUCAGAAGUUGAAGUGAGAACUACAUUGCUCAAAUAUUAUGCUAAUCUUGGAGGGUCCAAUUCUGACUGUUAUAGGCUCUUCUCUGAAACAAGUUCUCAUCGAGAUACUGUCUUAUGGACUGCCAUUAUCACAGUGUUUGCAGAACGAGAUCCUGAGCAGGCUUUUUUUCUCUUCUGCCAAAUGCAUCGGAAUGACUUUGUAGUGGAUUGGCAUGCAUUCUCAAUUGUCUUAAAGGCUUGUGCAGCCUUUGUCACAGAGCAACAUGCUGCAGCAGUUCACUCACAAGUAAUUAAGAAAGGGUUUCAAGGAGACACUGUAAUUUCAAAUGCCUUGAUCCAUGCUUAUGCAAGGUGUGGCUCCUUAGCAUUCUCUGAACAAGUAUUUGAUGAGAUGGAUUGCCGCGAUUUGGUUUCCUGGAAUUCAAUGCUCAAAUCUUAUUCCUUACAUGGGAAAGCUAGAGAAGCGCUGCAGCUCUUUCAGCAAAUGAGUGUCAGUCCAGAUUCUGCAACUUUUGUUGCUCUCCUCUCAGCUUGCAGCCAUGCUGGUCUUGUUGAAGAAGGAGUGAAAAUUUUUAAUUCCAUGCCUAAAAAUUAUGGAUAUGGUCCCCAAAUUGAUCACUAUGCCUGCAUGGUUGACCUUUUUGGACGGGCUGGUCGGAUGGUUGAGGCUAAUGAUUUGAUACACAAAAUGCCAAUCAAACCUGAUUCUGUAAUCUGGAGUGCAUUACUUGGAUCUUGCAGAAAGCAUGGUGACGCCCACAUGGCCAAAUUAGCAGUUGAUAAACUUACAGAGUUAGAUCCUAAAAAUUCAUUGGGGUAUGUGCAAAUGUCAAACAUAUAUUCUUCCACUGGUAGUUAUAAUGAAGCUAUCUUGAUCAGGAAGCAAAUGAGAGGCUCUAGGGUGAGAAAAGAACCUGGAUUAAGCUGGAUUGAAAUUGGGAAGAAGGUCCAUGAGUUUGCCUCAGGAGGCCAACGCCAUCCACAGAGGGAAUUCAUACUCAACCAACUUGAGAUAUUGAUUAGACAGUUAAAGGAGAAGGGUUAUGUACCAGAGACAAGUUUUGCCUUGUAUGACACAGAAGAGGAGAACAAAGAGGAGCAAUUGUUCCAUCAUAGUGAGAAGAUGGCAUUGGUGUUUGCCAUAAUGAAUGAAGGCAGUUUACCUUAUGGUGGUAAUGUUAUAAAAAUUAUCAAGAACAUCCGUAUUUGCGUGGAUUGCCAUGACUUCAUGAAAUUAGUGUCAGAUACAUUUCAAAAGGAGAUUAUUGUGAGAGACUCAAACCGCUUCCACCAUUUUAAAGAUGCUCGAUGCUCUUGUAAUGAUUAUUGGUGACAUAUUAACAUGUAAUGCCCCGUAUUCAGUACACUACCACCAUGUUUGGAUGAGGGGAAAACUAAGGGGAGGAGAGAAGUAGAGGGGAAAAUGGGGAAGGAGAGAAAUAUUCUCCUGUUUGGAUUGCAAGAGAAAACAGGAGGGAAGGAAAAGUAGGGGAGAAAAAAGGGUGCGGGCCCCAUGUAUUUUUACCUCUAAAUUUUCUUUUCAAAAUUGGAGAGAUUUUGGGGAGAAAACCAUCCUUCCAGAACUAUCCUCACCCUAUUUUAUCACCCUGCGUGUUUUAUGGCAUUCAUUGCUCCUAUCAUUCCUUCUUCUCCUUCAUGCUCAUGCUCAUCAACAUCACUAUUGCUUGAUUUGCAGAAGCCACUGACUUCGACAGAAACGGCUCACUGUCCUUGUCAAUGGUACCUGCUACUAAAAACCAAGUGCAAAAAAGUGGAGGAGUACACACGUACAACGUUACGACAAAUUACAAGAACUAGUUAGCACAGAUAGAGCAAUAGGAGAAUAUGGGGAGACUUGCUAAGAAUAUGAUUAAACGAUGACCUAAAUGAGUCUUUUGAACGUGCAAUAAAUGAAGGCAAUGAUACCUCAAACUCAGCUGCUAAUGUGGAGUGCGAUGAAACAUGGGGGACCUCGAACAGGAAUUAUGGAAUUAGUUGGGGUCAUGAGAGAUGAUAAUUCUUUCCACAAGCAAUCUAUUGCUUAUUGCUGAAAAGGGUCUCAUAAUACUUGAAAAGAGUAGGCCUUGCCAUUAUGGCAAAGAGCUUGAGAAAAUUGGAGUAAGUGAAGAUGAGAAGAUGAAAUGCUACUUAUGUAAUGAAGGGAAAGUCAAAUGAACAUUUUUUAGAGUUCCACGUCAUAUGUGACUAUGAGCACUAGUUAAAUCGAUGACUGAUGCUGCAAUCUGUUGCAAAAAGUAGCGAUUUUGAAGUUAACAGAAUUUGUGUUGUUCAAACUCAUUAAAGCAUUUGUUUUUACUAUGUGAACUGUGAAACAUUUGUUUUCUUUUUCUUUUUAGCAUUUGUUUUUAGUCGCUUGCUCAA